AUGAAAGUGAGAAGGAGUAACUUUAAGUAUGCACCCUACAAUUGGAAUGAAUUGGUGCAAGUGUUACAGGCUUAUACUCAUAAGUACAAGGUUACACAGGUACUAUGGAAAUUUCCAGAAAUGGGAUGGAUCAAAUGUAACACAGAUGGUGCAUCGAGGGGUAAUCCUGGUAGAAGCUCUUGGGGUUUCUGUGUUAGAAAUAAUACUGGAGACAUUAUUCAUGCUCAGGCAGAGGAGAUAGAGGGGGCAUAUUCUACAAAUACACAAGCAGAAGUAAUGGCCAUACUUCAGGCUCUGAGAUUUAUUAAGCACACUCAGAGGGAUCAGGUACUCAUUGAAACUGACUCUUUACUUCUAGUGAAGGUGAUUCAUAAAAUCUGGGAGGUGCCUUGGCAAAUAGUGAAUGAAAUGGAGGAGAUUUGGGAAAUUAUGGCCACUAGGAGUAUAAGUGUGAAUCACAUUCUGAGAGAAGGAAAUAAAAUGGCAGAUUAUUUGGCAAAUUUGGCACUAGAUAAUGGCAGCGUCCUAGUUAGCUCAUUUCAGCAACUGGAAAGGGAAGGAAGAAGAUUACUCAACAAUGACAAGUUACAAUUGCCAUAUCUGAGAAGGAGAAUUUGCACAUGA